GUAAAAAUGGCCGGCACCGAUAUAAACGAUACAAAUGGAUAAAUUUCAGUAUUUAAUAUCACGCGAUUAAUAUGAAGUCUCUCCAGAUGGAUUGAAAGAUCUAUCUUCGGCAUGAAGCGCAAUCGCAGGUGAGAAACAUCAUUUGACCAGACAUACACUCGUUGACAGUUCGAUGAUGCCGAUACGUUUGUUUUGUCAAAAGCAAAAAGAGAUGAGCGUAGUGAAACAAUGCAAAAGAAACCGAUGAUUAUUAUUUCCACAAUGAUACUCGUAGAUAGCUGUGGUUAGAAGCUCCAGUGGUGGAUAUCAACACCCUUUUAAUAGCUGUUGAUAAUAUAAUGGCCUACGACUCAUCUAACGUGAAAUAUUCGCCGAAUACUCGCACCCAUCAGCCUACUCGGUCCAACAUGACUGGAUACGCUUAUUCCAGCCAUCAGCCGCAACAUUUUCAACAAACUGACGAGAACAGAAAUGAGAACAAUUUGUGCAGUACCAAAGAACUCUGUCUGCAGGUCUCGCAACAGUCAUCCAGCACUCAGACUGUACAGAAAGUGGAUGCUGCAACUAUGACAGAUCCUUUACAAAUCGAUUUUAGACUUACUUCUGAGUACUUAGCACGUUGUUCUGGUACAUUGGGUUUACCUAAUAUUACCAAAUAUGAAGACAAUAGUGAUUCUCCACAAACUUGUCAAGGAAUAAGACCAAAAAUUGAAUUUGAGAUUGAACCACAGCAUAUUAAUGGUAUGUUGGUUUAUCAUUGCCCAGAGUGUGCAUAUAGAUUUGAAGAUCGAGAAGCGCUUCACGAACAUUUGGAAGAUCACAAACAGAGACCACAUAUCUGUGAUAUUUGCGGAGCGAGUUUGAAACGCAAGGAACACUUGGAUCGUCAUAAGCAAGGUCACAAUAAAGACAGGCCUUACCAAUGUAAUAUGUGUUGUAAAGCAUUUAAACGUAAUGAACACUUAGCACGUCACAUGAUCACUCAUUCAGGUAGCAAAAAUCAAAUAUGUACAGAGUGUGGCAAAGCCUUCUAUAGAAAAGAUCAUUUAAAGAAACAUCUGCAGAGUCACAAUAGUAGUCGAAGCAAACAUUUGAAUAUCUCGCAAAACAAUCAGAACGACCAGCAGCCGAGCAACGAAGAGCUAAGUAGUUUCGCGAUGAUAAUGCGACAGACUGGGCCUCCCCCAUUUUCGAUUUUACGAACUUAGUUAUUAUACUAUAAUGACUGUAACAUAUAUUCUUGUCUCUGUCUAUAAGUGAGACAGUCUUAUUAUAUAAAUAAUAUAUAUAAUUUCAAGAUUUAAUAUAAUAUAAAUGAGCUUUGUCUAUAGUAUAUUUAAUUUUGCGAAGUAAUCGAAAAUAAUUGUUAAUAAUAUUAAUAAUAAAGAAUCCAUGUUCCUAAGGGAGUAUAUCUUAUUGCCAUGUAUUUUGUUAACAGGCAGGCAAUUUUAUAAUGUCCCUUGUAAUGCUAAGAAAUUAUUUGUAUAUUAAGAAUGUACCUGGCGGAGGAUUCUUUGAAACUCGAAUAAGUUUGCGUUGAAAUUCGAAAUGUGAUCGACCACCAUCAAUGAUAUACGCACAGCAUUAUUUUGCUUAUUCUUUAAAAAAAAAUGUUGACCUAAAAAAUUUAAAAUAUCUGAUGAAUUUUGUUUUCGAUGAAUCACACGAUAUCAACAGUCAGAACAAAGAUUAUUUUACUAACGAACUGUAAUCUUCUGAAUACAAUUGAAUCUCAUCGUAAAGCAUGGUAAAUCUUGACGCAACACCAACCGUUUUCCUAAAUGAAAGAAAAAAUAAUGUCAAUAAAUACAGCGCAAUAAUGCCACUGUAAAAAAGAUUUUUAAUUCUUAAUUUUGCUGAUUUAUUUUCUCGUGAUUUGUCUCGUAUUUGAAAUAAGAAAUCAAAAUAGUUCCCAUCAAGUUGGAGACUAAUUAGCGUAAAAGUGUAAGAUGCUAAUAUUGUAAAAAUAAAAAUCCGCAAUUUUUUUCCAUUGCGGAUCAUUAAACGUUUUCAUCGAAAUAUAUAGAAUAACUUGUAGAAUAAUUUUGGCACAGGAUUAAUAAGGUGUUAAUAGCAUAAUAUCUUUGAUUGUAGCAAGACUAUUAACAAUUAUUAGUACACUCAAAACAAAAUAUGGAAACAUGUCGUCCACGUGGAUUCACUGAUGCAUAUCUGUAGAUAAAUUUUAUCGUUAUUCAAGAAGACGGUUUAUAGUUCACGAUAUCGUUAAAGUUUCGUGUGGUGAAAUCUUGUUAAUAUAUCUAUAUGAUGAUUCUCGUUUUAUUGAUCUGGAGAAAAUAUAUGUAGAAACAUUCAGGAGACUGUUCUCUCCCGAAGACACAAAAUGUAAACGUUAAUUCUUCCAUCUCCAAUGUGAUGACAUAUUCAUUCCAAGUUGAGCUCCAGAUACAUUUAAUUAUAUUUAUAUGAAAAUUUAUAAUAUUUUACUGGCAUUUUCUUAUUAUAAAUUAGGUUGCACUCUUGUACAUCCACACAAAUGUAAUUAUAUAAAUAAAUGAAUGAAUGAUUAAACAUUGCAAAAGGCUAAAUGAUUAAGCAAAUCUGAAUAAGACGAGGGCUGACAAAUCAAAAAUAAGAUCUUAUUUAAAUAAAUGAUUCUUAUAUAAAAAUAUCUACCCCUUAUGUGUAUGUCUAUAUAAUACAAUUCAAUGCAAAAACAAAUACUCAAAUCGAUCAACAAUUUCACAUGCGCAAAAAUAAAAAAGAUAAAAAUAUCGUAAGCUUGAGAUAGAGAGAAAGAGAGAGUUGAUUCUUUUCUUGGGUAAUGGCGAAUAAUAAACCUCCCUAUAUAACUUUUCUUACAAUUAAUAUACAUGUAUGUAAUAAAUUGUAAGAAGAACUA